AUGGAGGUGGAGGUGGAGCUGGAGGUGGAGGUGGAGGUGUCGGGCAGAGGUGAGGGUGGAGGUGGAGGGCGGAGGCGGAGGCGGAGGUGGAGGUGGAGGGCGGAAGCGAAGGUGGAAGAUGAUCGAUCGGGGAUUCAAAUUUUGAACGAGGGGUAUUCAGGUCAAUUGUCACGUUUUCACCUGGUCGGGACAGAAGCCCCAACGACCUAUAUUUCGGAACGGAGGGAGUACAUGCCAUACCAUGAGACCCGGUAUCCUCUCGGGCUACCUCACCCAAUAUAUAAUAAGCAACUAUUGAUGCUAUAUCAUAAACACACAUUGAUGCUGCCUACCCAAGUAGGCAAAAUUUAA